AUGUCCGGUGCUGAGCUGCGUGAAGAAUGCAACCGUGCGCAGGCAGUGAUCAAGCUGGCCGAGAGUUUGAAAGACCAUCCUUGCCAGUGGGCCUUGGAGCAGUUCGGCGACACUGGCGCUGCGGCAAGAUCGGAAAUCCUGAGCAUUUUCAUGAAAUAUCUGCCAGAUGAGCCGGUCGCAAGCAGCCCGAGCCACACCGCUCUCACAAGCUUCGUUUUGACACGGACUGAGAUGAAUGUGCUAGGCAAGGUUGUGGGUGUGGUUUGCCCCACCUGCUAUGUGAAGUUGAGGUAUGGAAUUUGCGCUAGCGAAGCAGUGGUGGACUGGCCGCGGCUGCCGCAAUGGAUGAACUGCUUGAAGGACAUUGUGACUGAGCCCCGCGGAUACGACAACCGGGAGUUUAUCAAGAUCACGUUGCACCCUGGAGACAAAGGUCAGGGUCAGUUUGCGUACUUGGCUGGGAAAGGCUUCUCGAGGAUCAGUGCCUUGCUCUUCGCCGUCAUGAAGGGGGCAGGUGCUGUUGAAGACACGGGCAGCCACGAGUCGCUCGACGCUUCCAGAAUGCAGGUUUUGGCGUCGGACGUUUCCAGCAAGGGAUAUCCGGCGAGAUCUUGGCGUUGCAUAUUUCCGGCGAAGUUUUGUGAGGUUUUGGCGGUAUCAUUUUCCGGCGAGGUUUCGCGGCAAGUUUUCCGGUUUUUGCAGAGCGCUCGUCAAGUGUACACGUCCGUGGAGGCUGUAGAGUCCAGCCGAGAGCGCCUGUAUGAGGCCACCCUUCAGUCCCAGAUGCUGCAGGAAGAUUGCCCAGGGAAGGAUGUCAUGGACAACCUCACCCUUAUGCAGCAGCUCCUCGCGUCUGUUCUUGAGGAGUACGAUGGGAACUCAGCGUACAAGCUCUCCGCUGUGCAGAGGGAUGCGAUCAUGAACUGCAUUCUUCACAGCAGCCCUGCGUUUCUCCGUUCUGUGAGCAGGCUGCUGGACAUCGCCCCGGAGAAGGCAAACCCAUACAGGCUCAAGGUCCUCCAGACCAAGCGAUGGAUCAUUGGGGGCUCGAGCGGUAGAGCCAACGAUCAUUCCAUUUGGGGCCAAAUGCUUGUCAUGGACUCCGAGAAGCAGAAAAUCCUGGCGGAGGUUGUGAACCAUGAGGUUCUUCGCAAUUUGAAAGCUGGCCGGCAAAAGAACUUGACCCUGGACGAGUGGGCAGAGUUCUGCGAUUACUCGAGUGGCCGUGGCCGCAGUCAUUUGGCAAAGAAGCGCCUUGACCUCAAUGCCAUCAAUGAGCAGCAGCAAGAAAGCCAGUUCAAAGCAGACAUGCUGUCUCUGAAUGCUGACUUGUGCAAGUACUGCCUGCACGUCCAGGAGCAGCAGAGCAACAGCAAAGCGCAGAAGAUCGCGCUGGCUGCGUGGGUGCGAAACCAAGUCCACUCAGCGAGGACCCAGGUCAUUGAACCGUUCAUGCAGAACAUGUGCACCAUCAAGGGCUGCGAGACGGGCGCGUCUCAGGUACAGGCGUGGUCGCGUUUUCUGCGGUGUGGCCCGGAUUCAUCAACAAACGGCGUUGUUCUCAAGAUCUUCUACUGUGGCUGCAACAAGUUCGGGCGCAUGUCUGAUGACGCGGUGAGCAACAUGUUCGAUGUUGUGCAGCAGGCGGCCGCGCAGGACCCAACCAACUUUGCUGCCAUCAUCGUGCCGACCACGGUCGUGCCCAAGAAGCGGCUGACAGGAGAUCGAGCGGAGCGGGCACGCCUGGAGCUGAAGGCGGAGAACAAGGGCUUCAUCCCCAUCUUGGUGUCGUUGAGGAUGUCCGAGGUGUCCUUCCAUGGCAACGACAGCCGCCAAGUUUGCUAUGAUGCGUACGUUCUCAUCCCAGAAUCUGGUGAAGAUUCCAACCCCUUCACCAGCAGCUUUCUGUUGCGCCGAAAGGCAACCAUGAAGGAAGCCGACUGGAUGAGCCCAUCUGACUAUGUGCUCACAGCUGCGCAACCUGGCGCUCCAAGCUCCCCAGGCAACCUCAGUUUGGAGAAGCGAGCGGCGCACCUUCUUGCUGGAGAGAGCGUGCCGAUGGCCCUCUUCCAGGCUUUGCUUCACACCAGCGACAGCUCCCCCAAGCCGAUCCUCACCAAGCGAAGCGACGCAGUGGCGGUGUUCAAUUUCUGCCCUCACGAUGGCGGGCUGGAGCUGGGGUGCCUCAAGGCCAACAACAAGGGGCCAUCUUCUUGGCGAGUCUGCAGCCUGGGCUUGGACUUGCUCUCGGCUCAGGCCUGCCAGGGAGGCGUCCUUCAAACUGCAGCCGGAUUGCCGGACGCAGAGGCGAAGCGCUUCUCUGACCCCCCCAUGCCUGAGUUGACGUUGAUGACCGUCAGCACUGAGGGCAAAGCGGUUGUCCCCUCUCAAAUCCGAAAGAAGUGGUCUUCAGACCCAGUCUACGGCCCUGAGUGGCUUGCAGAGCUUCGUAAGUGCGAUGAGCUGGCGACAGGCAACGUGGAGACGACGGCGGCAGCGAUGGCUGCGGCCUCGUCAGGAUCAGGAUCUGCAGCCACCACCGUGGUCACCGCUGAGGAAACCGGCGCCGCCGGCGAGCUUCCUGCAGAGUGGGAGGCCCAGCCUGCGAGCCUGCUGGAUGGCCGAACGACCCACACAUGCGCCACAGAGAUCAAAGGCUUGAACUUGGUUAUGGGCUUAGGCGACCUCAAGGUCUACUUGCAAGCGCAGGAGUCCUUGACAGUGAAGGCCAAGGAAAAGGCGUUGUUCAAGAUGGGGGCAGCCGAUUGGUACAAACCCCCAAAGUCUACCAGACUGCUUGCCUCCGACAACGAGAAGCACUUGUACGUGUUUGAGCUCAACUCGGACACCGCCCUUGCAUCUUAG